AUGUUUCUGCAGCGAGGCUCCCGCGCCUUGCGGAGGCAAUGGCACAUUUCCAAAUCAUUUACCAAGCUUUCGGUUGAGGGCAACACGAGACAGAGUUAUCAAACAAGAUGGUUUUCAGAAUCCAGGCGGCUUUGGGCUAUAAAGCCAGUACUCCUCGCUGAUAUUGGAGAGGGCAUCGUCGAGUGUGAAGUGAUCCAAUGGUUCGUCGAGCCCGGCGCAACUGUGGAAGAGUUCUCUCCGCUCUGCGAGGUGCAGAGCGACAAGGCCUCGGUUGAAAUCACAAGUCGCUUCUCCGGCACUGUAAAAAAGCUGUACUAUGAGGCCGGUGAGAUGGCCCGUGUCGGGAAGCCAUUUGUCGACAUUGACAUCCAGGGAGAUGCCAAGUCAGUGGACAUUGAAGCUCUGACUAGUCCAGAGGGAGUCGAGAAGGAACCUGUGCCACAUCUUCCUCCUGCCCCAACACCGCCAUCAUCGUCAACCCAACAAAGCACAGCUCCGCCUGAGGCGGCGGUGGGUGAGACGGAGCCGCCGCCACGCCCGCCAAAGGGCAAAUGCGCAUCUCUGGCUACGCCGGCAGUCAGACACCUGACCAAGGAGCUGAAGGUGGACAUUAAUGACAUCUACGGCACAGGCAAGGAUGGCCGCGUUCUAAAAGAGGAUAUCUACAAGUUUGUGCAGCAGAGGGACUCAGCCCCUCCAUCCGCCACGAAACCUUCAUCAGUUUCACAAGUCGACACACCGACAGUCCAGACAGAGACCACGGUAGCACUGUCAAAUACACAGCAUCAGAUGUUCAAGACGAUGACCCGGUCUCUUAAUAUUCCGCACUUCCUCUACGCCGACGAGGUUGACUUCUCAUCGCUCGUCGACCUGCGCACACGCCUGAAUAAGGUGCUUACCAAGUCACCGGAAAGUGCCGUCGGGUCUCAGAUUGCCAAACUUUCUUACCUGCCGUUCAUCAUCAAGGCCGUCUCGCUGGCACUUUACCAAUUCCCCAGUCUCAAUGCCCGCGUCGACGUGGAUCAGAAGACCAACAAGCCCGUCCUCGUCCACCGGUCCCAGCACAACAUCGGUGUCGCCAUGGAUACACCCCAGGGCCUCAUCGUCCCGGUGAUCAAGAACGUCGGUGCCCUCAACAUCCUGAGCAUCGCCGAGGAGUUGCAACGUCUCCAGGGCUUGGCGAACCAGGGCAAGCUCUCACCCCAGGACCUCUCGGGCGGUACCAUUACUGUCUCGAAUAUAGGAAACAUUGGAGGCACAUACCUUAGCCCGGUCAUUGUUGAGCGCGAGGUUGCCAUACUGGGCAUCGGGCGCAUGCGCACCGUCCCCGCAUUCGACGAGGAGGACAACGUUGUCAAGAAGCAAAUCUGCAACUUUAGCUGGAGCGCGGAUCACAGAGUCAUUGAUGGAGCCACAAUGGCGCGGGCCGCCGAUGUGGUGCGGAGAGUGGUGGAGGAGCCGGAUGUCAUGGUAAUGCAUCUGAGGUAG